CACCAGGGCACUGCUGAUCAGUGUAACCCCAGCAGUGCCACCUGUCAGUGCCCAUCAAUGCCACCUGCCAGUGCCCAUCAGUGCCCCAUCAAUGCCACAUAUCAGUGCCUACCAGUGCACAUCAAUGCCACAUAUCAGUGCCCAUCUGAGCUGCCUUUCAGUGUCACCUAUCAGUGCCAGUCAGUGCCACCUAUCAGUGCCAUCAGUGCCACCUAUCAGUGCCAGUCAGUGCCGCCUAUCAGUGCGCAUCAGUGCCACCUAUCAGUGCCCAUCAGUGCCGCCUAACAAUGUCAGUCAGUGCUACCUAACAGUGCCAGUCAGUGCCACCUAACAGUGCCAGUCUGUGCCGCCUAUCAGUGCCACCUAUCAGUGACGCCUAUCAGUGCCGUAUAUGAGUGCUGCCUUUCAGUGCCCAUCAGUGAUGCCUGUCAAUGCCCAUCAGUGCCACCUACCAGUGCCUCCUCAUCAGUG